AUGCGGGGGCUGGACCCAGCGACUGGAGCUUCAAGUGCGCUCGCGAGUUGUGCAAAGAUAUUCAAAUAUAUACCACCUCACAGGUGUCUGAGGGCCAUGGAAAGCUCUACAGCGUGGGACAUGCAGCAGCUGCCCGCUGUUGCUUAUGCAAUCGGACUCAUCAAGACUUCGUCCAUCUCACACGUCGACAAAUUUACUAACAACCGCACCCAAACACCGCGGGCAAGUAAACCUUCACGCAUAGUUUUUGGGCUAUUUCACGUCCAUUCGAGAACAUAUGGCGCCCUUAAUGCGCCUCGUUCGAACGCGAUCUCUGCGCGUUCCUCAGCGGCGGACCCGUGGAUACUCAUCAUCAACCACGGGACCCCGGUCCGCACAUUCUCAAUGGGGUUACAGCUAUUACAGAGCCAGCUGGAUCACGAGAAAUUUCUAGAUGAGGCACGAGACCAAGUACGUCAACUCGGAGAAGAGGUGGAUAGGUUACAGGAGGAACGGGCCCUGCAACCGUCAGCAGUCUCAUCAUCACCCAACCCUGCCUCUAAGUGGUGGCCGUGGUGA